AUGAUUCUAUGGAAAUUUAAUCUUGCUCAUAGAUUAUCGAUUAUCACUAAAACAACUUCAUAUCAAGUUAUAUUCAAACAAGAAUCUCGUUCUGAUUCUGAUUUUUGGAAAAUCGUUAAAGAAAAUGGUAUUGUUGAUGGAGAAAAUUUACCAACACCAGUUGUUGAUUCAAAUGGUGAUAUUAUGUGUGAUGAAAAAGAUGAUUUUAAUGAUUGUACUGAUGCCAUUGACAAUGAUAUUAUUCAACUUGUUCAACAAUUAUCUGAUGAUACUGUUGCAAAUUUAUUAGUUGAUAUUUCAUCAUCACAUUCACUAUCAGAUGAACCAUCACAAACAAAACAUGAUCUUGCACGAAAAGUAGCUACCGACCAUUAUUUGAAUGUGGCAAAUAAGAAAAUGAAGCAUUACCAAAAUAGUAUAAUUAAUGAAAUACAAAAAUUUUAUUGGAAUGAUUGUGUUGACGUUAAGAUUAAUACAGUUAAUAGAACAAAUACCAAUGCUAAACUUUUACCAUGUUUAAUUGUCGACAGAAUUGAAAAGAAUGAAAAAAUUACGUCUAAACGAGCUUGUCUAUUUAGUGAAUUAGGAAAAUUCAUAUUCGGUUGA